AUGCGAGACUGCUUGAUCAGGUAUAGUUCAGACAAAGUUCCGACCGAAAAGAAGAUGCCGAUCCCGACGACUCCUCCGCACCAGCUGAAGAGCGCUGCCGAAGCCUGCUGCGACGCCGCGUCUAGCCCGGAGGCCGCGAUGGACGGGCCCGUCAAGCUCUUCGUGGGGCAGAUCCCGAGACACCUGACGGAGGAGCACCUGCGGCCCAUGUUCGAGCAGUUCGGCCACAUCUACGAGUUCACCGUCCUCAAGGACAAGUUCACCGGCAUGCACAAAGGUCAGUAUAGCGUUGUCAUGGCAACCCGUCAUCCCACCUCCCCCCGCAGCAACAAACUGUUCGAGCAUGUCUUCACUUGUUCGGGUUGCCUUUUUCUUGUUUGGUGCAUGGUGUUAUUUGCAUGA